GGUUUUUGUUUUUAAAUAUUUGCGUAAGGUAAGGCUGCGUAUAGUUGCAGUUUGGCGCACUUGCUUUUAAUAAAACUAAAAAUGGAUAGUGAAGAUUUUGUUGAUACAAUAUCAACAGAAAGUAAAGGGAUGGACGCGGAUACGCUAGAUGAAGAAACCGAAGCAGUAUUAGAAACUGGCGGAGAGGAUGAUGAAUCCAAGCAAACAGAAAACAAUAACUCUGAUGAUAACAUUGACACUAUUGAGGAGGAGAUUAAUUUAGUAACUUCGGAAGCCGAGAAUAACUCUGAAAAAAUUAAUGACAAAGAUAAACCGAAUGACACGAAAUCUGUUGAGCCAGAAUAUAAUAAAUUGUUUCAGUUGCCUAUGUCACGUAUUCGAAAUCUGAUGAAGUUAGAUCCUGAUAUGAAUCUCGCCUCACAGGAAGCUGUUUUUAUUGUUACCCGAGCUACAGAAUUGUUUAUUGAAUCUCUUGCUCGUAGUGCAUACACAUUUACAGCACAAUCAAAAAAGAAGACUGUACAGAAACGCGAUGUUAACCUUGCAGUAUCUUCUGUAGACAGUCUCAUAUUUUUAGAUGGUGCGAUGGACUAGACAGCAAUAACAACUAUUGUUUGUUAAUUUAGCUUUACUAUUGAUUAAUAUAGCUUUACUAUUGUUAAUUUUUUAAAGAGUAAUAUAAAUUUCAACUAUGAGUG